UGUUACUUCUGACUGCAGCCCGUCUAUCGUAGAUCAGAACUCCCAAACCUUCAUAUCCAUAUCAUACGACUUCCUACGACCAUUAUGAAGCGAGCGCAAGGGGGUGGCCAACCUCGUUCAUCGCCUUCUCUGCCUUUUCAUCGCCAACAAUUUGUGUUCUCUCAUUUUAGUACAAGGGCUGUCCCAGAUUCAGGAUGGGCUAGUCCCGAUUUUAUGUUAGGAGCUGGGAUGGUAGUCAUACAGCCUGCAACGAACAAGAUGGUGAUCAUCAAAGAUACUCGGACAAAGCACUGGAUACUUCCCAGAGGAAGGAAGGAUAUAGGAGAAUCGUUGGAACAAACCGCUCUCAGAGAGGCGUUCGAGGAGACUGGCUACGAAGUCGACUUUCUACCCAUGCACAUGGUACACCGACAACCUUACGCACCAAAGGAUCGUGACAAGUGGCCCUUGAAAGUAACCGAGCCCAUCUUUAUCAGCACCAUGACUUGGAAAGCGAAAUACGAUUUAGGAGGAAAAUUGAAGGAUGGAGGAGGCGAAUAUCUCAUUUCAUGGUAUGUUGGACAGAUACCAGAGAAUGCUGUUCAUCACAAAGGGGUUUGCAUGCCUGACGAACAAGAAUACGUUUCUCAUAUCGUUUCUUUUGACGAAGCGCUGCGAUUGUUAUCGUCCGAGGCAGAAAUCAGAGUGGUCAAGUUCGCAACGGAACUUUACCAGUACCACCUACAAUUUGAACAGGAGCUAGCAAAUUCAGCCUCGUCGCAAGGUACUACGGAAAUUGAAGGCCAGGUUCAGAACAUGGCAUUAUGAAGGAUCUUGUUUUGGAGAGAGAGAACAAAGUCAGGAUGGACACUUUCGGAAUUGCAAUCACACUGUCAACGCAAAUUGUACGUUUUUAAGACUGUCUGUAUAAUGUGUAUCAUAUUCAAGGCUGUAAGAAUACAUACCUCGUCGUGCUUUUCUAC